UAAUUUCUCCUUUGAAACACCCCCGAAAGUUAGCUUUCCAUUUCCUCCACUGGCCGUACCUCCAUUUUUUGAGAUAUUAUAGGGUUCAGUCUCAGACGUGCCGCGGUGACAAAGGAGUAGCAGGCGGCUGCAGGAAGGACAUAGAAGCCAAGCAAAAUGUCGUCGGGGAUUUCUCCGUGCUGGUCUUCUUUGCUAGGCCAUGAUUAUAGCGUCGCCUCCAGGUCGCAGAAGUUUUCCCUUCGAAGCGGAACACCAAAGUUCCUCAACUGUGUUGCCACCCCGCCAACUGAGACGACUGCUUACACCACAAAGGUUCAACGCAAUGCAAAUAUGGAAAAGCUCCGAGCUGGCUAUUUAUUCCCUGAGAUUGCCAGAAGAAGAGCAGCCCACAUUUCAAAGUAUCCUGAUGCACAAGUGAUAAACCUUGGCAUUGGUGACACCACCGAACCCAUUCCAGACGUUAUAACUUCUUCUAUGGCCAUGAGAGCACAUGCACUUUCCACUGUUGAAGGUUAUAGUGGUUAUGGAGCUGAACAAGGUGAUAAGCAACUGAGGGCAGCCAUUGCUUCAACAUAUUAUGGUGCUUUUGGUAUUGAGGAAGCUGAUAUAUUUGUUUCAGAUGGGGCAAAAUGCGAUAUUUCUCGCCUUCUGCUGCUUUUUGGAGCUAAUGUGAAGAUAGCAGUGCAAGAUCCAUCAUAUCCGGCAUAUGUUGAUUCAAGUGUUAUUAUGGGACAAACAGGCUUAUUCCAGAACGAUAUUGAGAAGUAUGGAAAUAUUGAGUAUAUGAGAUGCUCACCAGAGAAUGGUUUUUUUCCUGAUCUAUCAACUGUAUCACGGGCAGAUAUUAUCUUUUUCUGUUCACCGAAUAAUCCCACUGGGUCUGCAGCAUCUAGAGAUCAGCUGACAAAACUGGUGCAGUUUGCCAAAGAAAAUGGAUCUAUUAUCAUAUAUGACUCUGCUUACGCCAUGUAUAUAUCUGAUGACAGCCCGAGGACAAUCUUUGAAAUUCCUGGAGCAAAGGAGGUUGCCCUCGAGAUAUCAUCCUUCUCCAAAUACGCUGGAUUCACCGGUGUUCGCCUCGGCUGGACUGUUAUUCCCAAGCAGCUUCUUUUCACCGACGGAUUCCCGGUCGCCAAGGACUUCAAUCGCAUCGUCUGCACCAGCUUCAAUGGUGCAUCCAAUGUCGUCCAAGCCGGAGGGCUGGCUUGUCUCUCCCCAGAUGGUUUAAAGGCCAUGGAGACUGUGGUUAGCUUCUACCAAGAGAACGCCAAUAUACUCAUCGACACCUUCGCUUCACUUGGUUUUAAAGUCUAUGGAGGAAAUAAUGCUCCAUAUGUUUGGGUUCAUUUUCCUGGGAGAAGCUCGUGGGAUGUUUUCGCCGAGGUCCUGGAGAAAACCCACCUGGUGAUGACGCCGGGAAGCGGAUUUGGACCUGGGGGUGAAGGCUUUAUGCGGGUUAGCGCCUUUGGACACCGGGAGAAUGUGCUAGAAGCUUCUAGGAGAUUGAAACAUCUUUUCAAGUAAAUCUGGAGGUGCAGUGGUGUUCUUCCUUGCAGUGAUGCUUCUAAGCAAUUCUUAAAGCUGCCAUUUAGGGAUCAUUCUCUCCUCUCAACCAAGAGCUUGAUUUUUAUUGUUGGCAGAUCAUACUUUGUAGGGUACAAUUGCAGUUUGUUUGAAAAUUUUGAGGUGUGUUUUGCUUUGGAUGUUUGGUAGCUUUUUUUGGGUUUGAAGGAUCAUCGAACUUAUCAGCGAACUUUAUGAUUAGUGUUAAUUUGGAAAUGAAAAUAUAUUUUUGAAAGUUGAAGACAGAUCUAGUAGUGUAACAUCAGCGUAUAACCUAACGGAUAGAUUAUUGAAGUGGAUCAUUCUAUCA